AUGUUUUAGCCAAAGGGAAACCAUGAAGUAUGUGGAUAAUUAAGACAUCUAAUCAUGUAAGAACUACAGAUGAACCUUUGCAUAAUAGACCACAUGACACAUGUAGUACACGAGUAUAUAAGAACCUAGUUGUAAAUAGAGUUUGUCAAAACAGUAAACUUGCAUCAGGAACAGAAACUCGAAAUUCAAUAUGAAUAAAUUGAUGUUUUUGUUUGUGUGUUGUUUGGCAAUCGUUAUUUGCCAAGCGAGUUGGAAAGGAAGAAACAAAAAUAAAUGGAGAAACUAUGCACGAAGAAUGAACUUCAUAAAUACAACAUGGACUAACACAGUUGACAAUGUGGAUUUAGCAGAAAGCGCAAUAUACCGUGAUGGGUUGGAUGUAGUGUUUAUGAAGUCACGUGACACGAACAAUGAGGCUAUUGGCUACAAUACGUCGUUCUUCAUAUAUGACGUUGAUGCGGCACUAGGUGCAAUAAGUGUUAGAAACGGAAGAGUCAAGUACUGUUUUAUCACCGAGAUGGACGAUACAAAAACCAUGGAAUCUGUGAAGAACGACUUAGAGGUUCUUAAAAAUGAUGGGAAUGUAGUAAAGGAUGUAAAGACUAUAUAUGUCUCCCAGAACGAUGCUGCCACAGUGGAACAGCUAAUUGGAAAGAGUCGUAUGAUCAGUGCCAUAUGUUCUAAAGCAGCCAAUUGUGACAAAGCUUUCAUGGCGAGUUCAAAGCAAGCUGAAACAGUAACAACAUGGAAAACAUCUGGAAUGUACAAUGAUUUUGAGAUCCGUAUGUCCUUUCAACCAGACUCAAGCAACACACUUUGUAGAGAUUGGGUUAAUUAUUGGAUGAAGAAAGCUAACUAGUUAUACAACAGCUCAUUGUCAUUUUCAUUUUUUUUUAAUCUUAAAUGCAAAAUAAUUUCAUUCAUGUUCAUUGUCAUUUGUAUUUUUAUAUUUUAUUUUUUUUUAUCUUGAAGGCAAAAUCAUUUCAUUCAUGUUGUUAUAUAAUAGAAAUAUAAUUAAAAGUUGUUAUUAA